AUGACUCGAGCAGUAGGACGCGGCUGGCGUUCAUGCCACUUUGUGUCUGGAUUGAUCAUUCUACUGUUUGGCGGCACAAUACUAACCAUGCAGUUAUUGUUUUGGCUUCGUUAUCAUGAAGACCUAUUGUGGCGUUGGCCAGACAAAAUGCGACUAACCGGUAUCGCUUCCGCUACAGUCCUGUUUAUUCCAGCAGUACUUGUGCUUACAUCACUUUGCAUCAAUUCACGCAAACUGUUAUACAGUACAAUGAUCUUUGGGGCGAUCAGUGUUCUCUAUUGCUUGUCCGUUGGUGUGAGUAACACAGUGGAAUACGCGCUUGGUGACGCACAUUAUGCCAGUGUGAUUUCUAUGGGUUUUAUCAAUCUACUGGCCGGAUCUUUUAUGUGCAUCUAUCUCAUUUUAAGAAUAGCCAAACCGUGGUUUUGUGAUUUGCUUUACGGGGGUGAGCAGACCAGUCCAGGAACGAAUACGACAACUACGCAAUCCUCAAAUAUUCUCCUUCAACCAAAUAGAGUCCCAUUGGACAGCUUGGAUCUCCCACAGCAGAGUAGUGCCUCGAUCGGUACCACCUCAACAACUAUGUUCCAUUCACAGCCAGCAGCCCCAAUGAAACCACCGCCAUAUCAGCCAUGA